CGCGCCCGGCGCAGACGCGGGGACGGCUCGUGCCCCUCAGUCCGACAUGGCCGACUUCGAUACCAUUUACGAGCUGGACGAGGAGGACGAGCGUGUGGUGAUGGACGAGCACUUGAUCCGAUACACGCCGGAUCCUGUCGUGGUGCGAGGGGCAGGCCACAUCACAGUGUUUGGCCUCAGCAACAAAUUUGAUCCAGAAUUUCCUUCCGUUCUCACAGGGAAGGUGGCCCCAGAAGAGUAUAAAACGAGCAUUGGUCGGGUAAAUGGAUGCUUAAAGAAAAAUCUUCCCAUCAAUGUGAAGUGGCUUCUUUGUGGUUGUUUAUGUUGCUGUUGCACCUUGGGCUGCAGUCUGUGGCCUGUCAUCUGUCUUAAUAAAAGAACUAGAAGAUCAAUACAAAAGCUGUUAGAGUGGGAAAACAACAGAUUGUAUCACAAGCUUGGGUUGCACUGGAAGUUAAGUAAAAGGAAAUGUGAGUCCAGUAACAUGAUGGAAUAUGUAAUACUAAUAGAAUUCUUACCAAAAUUUCCUAUAUUCCGACCGGACUAAGAAAAAAAGCCAACUGUCAAGAAAAAGCAUAUCAUUCCUGCCCUGAGUGCCUUGUAGAUACCUGAACAGAUGACUGCCAAUACACCUGUUUUAAGAGUAAUCUACUGUAGUGAGUGUAGAUACCUUCCUAAUGUACUUUUUCCUUCACAAGCAUAUUUUGCACAUGUAUUAUUUUCUUUCUUUGAAGUGUUGCACUCACUCACUCGAUAAAGACAGAGUUGUUUCACUUUGAAAGAAUUUCAGUCUUGUACAUAAUGCUUCAGUUCAUAUUGUACAGUGUGGUAUGUUAAUGUUUACAGAAUGUUGCUCUUUUACUACACCCCCAAAUACUGAAAUGUAGGACAUUUUUGAUUAAAUGUGAUAAUGCGUAGAUCUCAAUCUGUAUUCUGUAUUCAUAAUAAGAUUAGCAAUGCAACCGGAAGAGAAAGUGCCUUGGUAUUAUUGUAGGAACAAUUACUCCCAUUGAAGUGCAUAUAUUAAAAAAAACACGUCUAAUAUAUAAUGUAUUUGAAAGUGACCAAGGAAGUGUAAUGGAUAAAACAUAUCAGGGGAGUAAUAAUUAGGUCACCAUUGUGAAAUUGAUGGGAAGCAUCAACUACAGUGUACCUGACUCCUGAAAAUUGGAUCAAAUGGAACUAAGAUUUUGGAGGCAGGUACAUUAAUGGUUAAUAUGCUCACAACCGAAACUAAUUUCUCCCCGAAUACUGCUGACAGCAACUGAAUUAAUCUUAAGUAUUCUGGGCAUUUAAGUGUAAAAUUUACUCUGCUAAUCAUUGAAAAUAAAAUUGAAUGUUAUAUUUCAUUUUGGAUGAAUGAGGAAAUGGAUGAAGGAACAAGCAUGCAGCAAUUAAAGGAGGUCAUUUUCUUACGGUUCCAGUGAUAGUAGUCCUUAACCACUCCCACCCAACAUUCACUGGUCAAAAUCUGUUUUCUUUGUCUUUAUCCUGCUAGUACUCCCUUAAAUUUACUAAAAUAUUGAUUUGAGAAAGUGUUCUUGUCUUUGUUGGUAACCCUCAAGUUUGAUUCCUGAUAAGUAUUACUUUCAGGCUGAUUAAAUGUUGGAAGUUAUUAUUGUAGGGAAUGAUUUAUUAUCAAUACAUACUUCAAUAAAAUAUAUAUAUAUUAAUUCUUCUUGUCCAAAGCAUGCUCUUAUGAAAUGGGAAAAUCUACAUCUCCAAAGAUAGAGGAGAAAAAAUAUAUAUGUAAGGAUAUAUAUGUUACUGGACAUUCUGCAAUAUUAAUUUGCAUUGCAAAUUUUAUAUUUAAAACAUCAUUAUACCUUUUAAUGAAAAGUUGAUCAUCUGAACUUUUAAGAAUUGAAUUUAAAUUUAAAUUCCUUUUUUUAGGUUUUCAGUAACUUUUUGAUUAAGAAAUUCAUUAGGAGUAACAGAGGUUUUCUUUGUAUUAUCACAGCACAUGAGAACUUAGUGAACCCAAUCCAGAUAUGUAUUGCAUUCAGAACAACCUUUUUCUGAUGUAGAGGAUAAUCUAUUUUUGUGUUAGAGAUUAGGAAGUUGACCUUUUUGAUCCAAUGAAACCAAUAUUGUAAUACCCUAAAUCUUCUGUCACCGUAUCUAACCACAUUUUUAAUGUGGCUGAUGUGUUUGGCUCUACAUCCUGGUAAAUUAUUUCAAGAGUCUGAUCAUUUAAAUAAACCCAUAAACUUGGCUUUUCCUAGAUGCCUAAAUGAUCAUAGUCAAAUCAAUUCACUUUUUAUGUAGUACUUUAAAGAUCCCAUUUUUGCUACUAGCCCCCUUCUACUCAAUUUCCGUCUCUUACCUCCCUUACAGUAAGCCAUAUUUUAAUUUCUAGAAUUUUUUAAAAACUGUCAGUUGCAAGUUUUAACUAGUUAUUAGACUGAGUAAAAUUGGUUGAGUUCUGCUGAAAGUGCCAAAAUAACUGUGGUUAUACCUGUGGGAGUAGUUGCCCAAUCCACUGAAAUCAAUGAGAGUUUUGCCUGUUAAUCUAAAAUGACAGAAUUCAGUACAAGUACAGGAUUAAACUAUUAUAAAGGUUUAUGGAUUACAAAUAUAUCAAGUCACAAUUGACCAAGAUAAUUUCAUGGUAAUUCCUAUGAAUCAAAUAGGUUCCCAGGUACACAAUGCAUGUUGAUUACCAUUUAGCUUAUAAUCAACAAACUCGGUUAAGGACAGUGAACCAGAUCCUGUAUUGUAUUUUCUCAUUUCAGUUUUGGGUGGAUUAGUUUUAAAAUAAGUACAUGCACCAGUCGCUAAACCUUGCAAUAGGAAAGAAAGGACAUAACUACCAUCUAAUUAUGAGGUAAAAUUUAAUACACA